GACAUUGUCUCUCUAUUCCGCGCCCACGUAGCGGCUCUCGCUAAGCAAGACUGGGCCACAAUCACGGCCAGGCUUCACCCAGAGCUUACGCGGAAUCAUCGGCCUCAGACCGCCGAGCAGUAUGUCAGUCAAGCAAAGGAAGGAUUCAAGGCCCUUCCUGAUCUACAUGUCACGCUGGACCAGGUAUUUGCCGAUAAACGCAACAGCUUCGUGUUUGGUCGCCUAAUCCUGCGCGGCACCCUCAAGCAAGAGUUCAUGGGGAUCAAGCCCUCUGGACGCCCCUUCGAAUUCUCAGAACUCACAUUUUAUGAGUACAAGGAUAGUAAAGUUGUGCGAAUUCUGACGGCUACGGAUAAAGAGUCGAUAAAGGAUCAAGUCGAAAGC